GAGCCAUGGAGGACAAACGCAACAUCCCCAUCAUCGAAUGGGAGCACUUGGACAAGCGCAAGUUCUACCUCUUUGGCAUCUGCAUGACCAUGAUGAUCCGGGUGAGCGUUUACCCCUUCACCCUCAUCCGCACCCGCUUGCAGGUCCAGAAGGGCAAGAGCUUGUACAAAGGCACCUUCGAUGCCUUUGGGAAGAUCCUAAGGACGGAAGGCACGGCCGGGCUUUACCGGGGUUUCUUGGUCAACACCUUCACCCUCAUCUCAGGCCAAUGCUAUGUGACCACCUACGAGCUCACCCGCAAGUACGUGUCCCACUACACCAACAACAACGCCAUCAAGUCCCUGGUGGCUGGGGGAUCAGCAUCCCUGGUGGCCCAGAGCAUCACGGUACCCAUCGACGUCGUCUCCCAGCACCUCAUGAUGCAGAGGAAAGGCGAGAGCAUGGGCAGGUUCAAGGUGCGCCACCAGGAUGGCAAAGGCCUCUUGGUUUUUGGCCAAACCAAGGACAUCAUUGGGCAGAUCUUCAAGGCUGAUGGCUUCAGAGGGUUCUAUAGGGGCUACGUGGCCUCGCUGCUCACCUACAUCCCCAAUAGUGCCGUCUGGUGGCCCUUCUACCACUUCUAUGCUGAGCAACUCUCCAGCCUGACCCCUAAGGACUGUCCCCAUCUCCUCCUCCAAGCCAUCUCGGGGCCCCUUGCGGCUGCAACGGCUUCAACGCUCACCAACCCCAUGGAUGUCAUCAGGGCUCGGGUUCAGGUGGAAGGCAAGAGCUCCAUCAUCCUGACCUUCAGGCAGCUCCUGGCAGAGGAAGGGCCCUGGGGGCUGACCAAGGGCCUCUCGGCCCGCAUCAUCUCAGCCACUCCUUCCACCAUCGUCAUCGUGGUGGGCUACGAGACCCUGAAGAAGCUGAGCCUGCGCCCGGAGCUGGUGGAUUCAAGGCACUGGUGAAGAGGAACCUUCCUUUGCCAUCCCUUUGGAGCA